AUGGAAUACGUUACUAAUUUAUCAAAAGAAGACCCUUCAAUUGCAACUACUUCAAAAUUCAACCUUGAAUUCACAUAUCCUGUUCAAUACUACGAUUUUCAUGUUUAUUAUGUAGCUCAUAAUAAAACAUCAGUUGAAGAAUCUACUAAUUUAAGAAAUAAAUUACUUUUAGAUUUCCCAGAAUAUUGUUCAAAUGGAUCAAUAUUAGUUAAGAAAUUAUAUACUGAUGACCAUGUUAUUGGUCCUCAUAUAACUCAUUUUUGGGAAGCUGAUGUUGCAAGACCUGAAGUUUUUAUAGAAGUUUUAAGUUGGUUUCAACUAAAUCAUGGAAAUUUAUCUGUUUUAAUUCAUCCGCAAACUGGAGAUGAUUUAACUGAUCAUACUUCUAGUGCUUUAUGGUUAGGUGAUAAAUUACCUUUAAUUGUAGAACAUUUACCACCAAAAGAUGGUUCAAUUCCUGAAUUUGGUGUUAAAGGCGGUGACAGAAUACCAGUGGAAAACUUUAAAUCGCAUAAAAGAAGAUUUUGA